GCUGAGAAAAAACAAAAUGGCGGAGUGACAGUAGAGUGAGCAAGCAAGUUUGUCAUGUUUUUGCAGGCAAUUCUUGGGAAUUUUGGAAAAUAUAGUGGACAUGACAACUGAAAGUGUUGCAGAAAGCUCGCUCCUUGGGCUGUCAAGAGGUAAAAUGAGCUAAAUUCUUGCAGUAUAGAAUUGGCUAGUAACUAACAAUAGAACUAAUGCGAUCUCAUAUCUGUUUAACUCAGUACGACAUUUUUCCUGUAUUUUUGCAUUAGUUACAACAGUUAAUGAUGAAGAAUAUACAUCUCAUUAUUGGCCGAAACUGAAAGGUGCGAUUUUGUUAAUUUUACAACAAAAUCCUGGAGAAUUUAUUCCGAUUUCGUAUGAAGAAAUGUACAGGUAAGUGUACGUUUGGCGUAGAUAUACAGAAACAUUCAUUAACAAUAUUUGCGUAAGCUUAAACUUAUAUUUAAAUGCUUUAGGACUAUUUUUCCUCCUUGUGUUAUUCGCCAUAGUAAUUGCAACGACGCGAUGACGACUAAAACAUUCGCCAUGUUACAAUUUGACAAAAUAAAAGUUGACUAGGAAAUUUUCUGAAAUGAACAAGUAUUUGUUUUACUCUCAGCAUCCCUUAAUUUUCCUAUCUACAGUCAUUUUCCUUCCUAACAGUCCAUGUAGACUCUAAGGAUUGAGUUAAGCAUAAAUCUUCAUGCUAGUGGGCAGCGACUACAUUUCUUGAGGAAAACCCUGUAUGCUCUGCAAGCUGUUUCAAUGAGAAGGCUACUUUCUCAAGUUCACUUUUCUUGCGUGAUUAUCUUCUCAGCACUGUAUAUAAAUGUGUAUGCCAGCAGUAUUCUGAUAGAAUGUACAACAAUCUGAUGGAACUUGUGACUUCCUAUCUCAGACGUGUUGCUGAAGAACUGCAGGUAUGCUUAGUACUGUUAGUUAUGGUUGACUGGUCAGGAAAUACAACAGAUCUUUUUAUGAUAUGUUUUUAUCAACAUAACCCUUUUAAUUACCCCUAGGAGUGACCAGCAGCUAAUUUCUCUUCUCAGUAUCCCUGCAGAAUCCUUUGUUAAGGUCUUGAGAAUAAUAGAAAUGAACACCAAGUAAUGAAGUUCUUGAUCAUUAGACUAAUUCUCUGUGUCAGCACCAUGGGAAAUGUAUUUAGAGAGUUCUAUGGAGAAUGUACACACUAACGUCAGGGUAUAAAGGGUUACUUUUUUUUUUUUGAACCUGAUCAUGCAAAACAGAUAAGAAUACUCUCAUGGUUUUUUAGCUGACUGACCAACAAAAUAUUUCCUCUAUAGUCAGUCAAUGUGUUGUCAUCAUUAUGUGUUCCAUAUCAUUGGAAUUCCCAAGAACUGUUCUUCACUCAAGAAGGGCCAUUUUUUUAAGCUUGUUGUUAAGAUUUAUUUUGCUUGUUGAAAUUGCCAGGUAACCCCAGCAGAAGCUUAUCUUGAGAAGUUUAAUUUUGCAAUGGCACAGUUCUUCCAAGCAGUUAGUGGAAUAGUAGCCAUCUUUAGUUAUAUGGUGAGAUCCAUUCAUACAGUAAAAAUGAACAAUUUAUUACUUCUGGGAGAGAAACUUUGCUUGCAUAAAUAACGAGGAAUAUUUACUAUCAAUAAUAUUUUGAUUAUUAAUAAUAUUAUCUUCAAAUUAUUGAUGAUAGUUAUUAUUGAAGUUAUUAUUGAAGUGAUCCACCUAUAAGUUCUCCACAUAAUUGUAAUAUGUUAUGAAGAAUUAAAAGAAUUCACAAACUUGUUAGCUGGAGAAAGUUCCCUUGACUUAGAAAUGUAAAAUCUAAAUUUCCCACACUAGAAACUGCAUUGAAGCAGUUGGGGAGAAUUAAUGUACUGAUAUUAGGAAUAGAAGGGGUAAGAUUGAUGUUGUAAGAUUUCAAUUUUGCAAAAUUCCCCCUAGACCUUUAAAUCUUUGGCCUGUGGAAGACUUCCACAAAACACAGCUAUGGAAAAAAGAAGCAAAACCGCUUAAGUCAUGGAUGGAAAGUAAUGACUGUUCAGUGGAAAGAUUGCAAAAAAAACACAAGAGCACUAUGGAACAAAAUGGAAAUCAAUUAAAUCAUAGACAGAAAGAAAUUACUUUUAUUGUAAUCUUUCUUUUUUCUUAUAGAACCGAUUUUAUGUGUCACCAAAACUUCAUACUGAUUUGAAAGCAGAAUUGUGGAAAGUCUUCACGGAACUUGUAGCUGACAAUCCACUCCUGUUCAGUAAGUCAACCAAUUUUUCCAUGUUGAAAAUUUACCACUAUUUGAUCUAUACUGUCAAGGUAUGAAAAAGUAUCUGGUUUCUUUUUCACAAAGAAAAAAAAUUAAUCAUGUGAAGGGGGCUAGAAAAUGACCAACCAAUUAACAAACUAUUGAAAGACUUGGGAGAAAUGCAGACCAAUUGACUGACUGGUUGACAUACUGAUUGGCUGACUGACUGGUGGACUAAAUACUGACUGGCUCCAUGGCUGGCCGACUGACUUAUUGACUGAUGAACUGACUGACUGACUGAUGGACUGAACAUUGACUGACCAACUGACUGGCAGACUGACUGAUUGACUGACUGACUGACUGGCCGGCAGACUACAUGUAGCUGGCUGACUGAUUGGCUGACUGAUGAACUGAAGACUGACUGACUUACUGAUCUUCUAAAUAACUUGCUGGCUCACUGAUUUACUGAUAGUCCAAGACAUUGAUGGACUGACUAACUGAUGAACUAAACACUGACUGAUCGACUGACUGACUGAUCAACUUAUUGACUGAGUGAUAAAUUGCAUACAUUUAAAACUUCCUUUGUGCUGAUAAUCCAAUAUAAUGUAGGUGAAGUUCUCUCUAAAGGAUCUGUUUCCUCUUAGGAGUGAUUGAUGAGGUUUCAUCCAAGCCAUUUGGCGUCAACCCACAGAUAAUGAUGUCCGUAAUUAAAGGACUUUAUUCACUCAAACCAGGUUUGUAUAUUACUCACUUGAUUUCCCCAUCUCUGAUUGAUUUCAUACAGAGAUAUAACAUAAUCCUUUUUGCAGAGUUUUCUGAACGCAAUCCAAUGCUCUUCGCCCGAUUUAUUCCCAACAUUUUACCACCAACACAAUGUGACCAGCUACCAAGUCUAAUUCAAGAGGACCGCUUGUUACAGGAGGACCUGGUGACGAGCCAGGGCUUUUCAAGGUAAGAGGUGUUUUGUGUAGCGUGACGUAAGUUGUCCAAGAUUGUUUUGGUUUGCGUGACUGAGCCUUGUGAUUGGGUUAGAAAACUGGAGUCACUUCUCAACCAAUCAGAUUCUAAACUAAAAACCAGUCGCGACUGACACGAUUUCUUCUCUGUCGUUUCCCGCCUUUUUAAGCUGGUUUCGUGUAAAUGCUUUUUGUUCUUAUUGCAAUAGCUAUCUUUGUUUUGAGAGGGAGUCCUGACUACUUUAACUUUAGUUUAAGAUAUUCAUCGGAAAGUGCUCCAAACAGCAAGCUUUUCUACACAGAUUCUAAUUCGACUUGUUUUCCUGUAACCAACUGAGUUUUUUCCCUGGCAAAUUCCUUUGUCCAAAAGGAGUAUAGCAGUGUAAGGAUUCAAGAACCGUUAUUGACGUGUCUUUGACGAGUUUUUUCAAGCCAGUGAACUACUCAUGAAAUCUAUUCCUUACCAUGAAGCGCUUUUCAUUUGAGAGUUAAAGUGCAAUUUUCAAUUGAGGGUCGAGAGUGAUAAAGGAUUGCUUUGGUUUUACCCUACUUCGCUCUGUGAUUGGUCAAGAAAACUCGCGCCACUUUCGCAACCAAUCAGAUGCAGAACCAAAACUAACUGCAACUUGGUCGCCGGCGUUUUUCCCGCGCUUUAGGUAGUUUGGUUGUCUUUACUUUGAGUUCUCAUUGGCUCUUAAAGGUAUUUUCCUUUCUUCUGAUUGGCUGCUGUGAUUACUUUGUUUCGGGUUUUACGACAGUCAAUCGUAAAACGCUCUGAAGUAAAAUUCAAUACAGUUCCAGAUUACUUGUGACACUCACGUUGAAAUGACUUUAAUAUUAUUCCUUUCCAAUCCAGAGAGGACACGGGGAAGAAAAGAAGAGGAGAAGAUUUCCAAGGCAGAUAAGAAACGUCAAAACGCCAUACAUCUAUUUUUAAAUCUAUUGCAACUAUAUCGUGGAAGUAAUUAAAUUUCGAGGAAAGCGUGAAGGCCCAACGAACAAGAAGAGGCAACCAACCGACCGGUUCCGAAAGCAAUUUAGCGAAAAGGACAUCUCAAUUUGGCUAUACCUCAGCGUAAACGGAAGCACAGUGGUUCUGCACCAAAUCCUUCCUCCUUCACUUAUCGGGUUCUUUUCAGUUCGCCAGAAGUCAAGGACGGCUCGCUAUUCUUUUGUAUUUCUGAAAACACAAGGAAUUCUUAAAUGUGGAAAUUUUAUGUUAGCUUAAGGCACCUUCAGGGGCACCAAUCUGUUUAUUUUACUCCUAAGAGGAAAAAACCCCGCUUUAUUUUUACAUGGGAGUAUCCCAUGGCUUUUGAAUAUGUGCCUAGUGUUGUAAACUGCACAAAGAAGUUCAUUUCUGUUGACAAUAUUGA